UGUGGCGGAAGCGGCGCGAAGAGCUUGCCUGCUAUACAGCCUCGUCUUGUAGCUGUCAGUAAAACGAAACCUGCAGAAAUGGUGAUUGAGGCAUACAAUUAUGGACAACGCAGUUUUGGAGAAAACUAUGUCCAAGAAUUACUAGAAAAGGCAUCAGACUCCAGAAUUCUGUCUUCGUGUCCAGAGAUUAAAUGGCAUUUCAUAGGCCAUCUGCAGAAAAACAAUGUCAACAAACUGAUUGCGGUACCUAAUUUAUUUAUGCUGGAAACGGUGGAUUCUGCAAAACUAGCAGACAAGGUGAAUGCUUCUUGGCAGAAGAAGGGGUCUUCAGAGAGGCUAAAAAUCAUGGUGCAAGUGAACACCAGCAGGGAAGACAGUAAACAUGGGCUGCCACCUGGAGAAACUGUGACAACGGUGGCCCAUAUUCUCCAGAAAUGUCCCAGCCUGCACUUUGUGGGCUUGAUGACGAUUGGCAGCUUUGGGCAUGACCUCAGUCAGGGGCCCAACCCAGACUUUCAGCUGUUGAUAUCCUUGCGCCAGGACCUGUGUGACAAGCUCAAUAUCCCCACUGAAGAUGUUGAGUUGAGCAUGGGGAUGUCUACAGACUUCCAGCAUGCGAUUGAAGUUGGAUCCACAAAUGUUAGAAUUGGAAGCACUAUCUUCGGAGAGCGUGAUUACUCCAAGAAACCAUCCAGUGACAAAACCCCAAGGGAGAUUAAAGACAAACGGGAGAAUUUACCAGUGCAGGAGCACUAACUGAGAAGGCCCGGAAGAUUCCCUUACGAGGGCAGGGGGAUCUGUUCUGAUGGACCUUACUAUGCACUUGACUUUCCCUUUGUGCUGACAGCUGUGGGGCACUAUCAGGUAAUCGGGGGGAGGGGGGUCCACAGGUACCUUAUCACCUGUAAUUUUAUUCUUGUGUGUCCAUAGAGAUUGAAUUUUUAAAAAACCA